AUGAAUCGUAUCAAUGAGGAAGAAGAUCGUCAUGCUAUUGCGAAAGUAUUCGUAACAGUAGAUCAAUUUUCUUCUGGGCAACUGGCUCCCGAGUGUACUCGUAAUAACAUUUAUUCAAGCAAACAGUACAGUAACAAGAACGAUCGAUCACAAUAUCAAACAAUCACUCGACCGACCUCGUUGCCACCGGCGAGACAAACUUCUUCGUUGAAUGAAAACUCGGAUGAAGAUGUUAAACAACGUCGACGCUAUGCAAGCGAUUCAAAUACGAUUGACGAUGAUACAAAUGAGUUAACUCUACUUGUUACUUCAUUUCUUCAAUAUUUACGUAAUCAACUAAAAUCAUCGACCGACGGCGAAGCUAAUGUUUAUUAUCAAUAUCGACAGCAGAAAUCAUCGAAAAUUGCGACUCUAUCAUCAAUAAAAACUUCUCAAGCGAUUAUAAUGAGUUCUCAAUUAUCAAAUGAACAUGUACUUGACACUAAUGAUCAUAUCGAAAUUUUAACAUUGAUUAAUUUGCUUGUUCUACGUGUUGAAUGUUUAUCGAAAGAGAAAAAAUCGAAAAAACGUAAAAAACGCAAAGAUGAUAACCAUCAUCAUCAUCCUCCUCAUCAUCCAACUGUUGCUGAAGUUGAUCAAAAUUUAAUUGAAUAUCUUUAUUAUCUUUUUAAAAAGUUUAUUAACGAUGAAACAAACCCGUCGAAAGAUUUAACGCCACCUAUUAUUGAUAAAAGUAAUUUUGUUAGUGUUUGUCAAACAUUGGUGCGUAACGGUUGUUUUGAUGUGCCAUCAACAACAUUGUCGACAUCGCUAACUCAAUCGUAUUCAGAAUCAGCAAGUAUCAGCGAUCAAACAUUAACAUCGAUGAGUGAAUAUCAUCAUGAUGCCAAUGAAUUCUAUGAAGAAGAUUCUUUAACAGACGACCAAUUUCCGUCAAUAGCAUCGCCGACAAAGGAAACCUUCUUUAUUGGAGACAUUGGACCAGCUCAAACGGACGAAAUCCUAGCAACUUAUGAAGCCAGGUCUCUUCUACCACUCUUAGCAGUCGAUGAACCAUUGUUAACAACGAAUGAUAUUUAUAAAUCAUGUGAAUCUGGAUCUACACACAGUAUUUACUUAUCGCCGAAUUCUUCUUCAAUAGAUUUACCAAAUAUGGUGCAAGAAUUUGACGAAUUAAAUCAACAUUCUAAUGUAUCACUCAACGAAGAUGGAUCAUCAUCGAAUGUCACCGUAGAAUCGAAAACAAUGAUAUCGAAUGAUGAUAUUCAAUCUUCAUCUAAUACAAGUGAUACCAUUUACACAAGAUUAACAAAUGAUGAUACGAGUUCGGUAGAAACUAGUGAACAGAUGGUAACUAAUACUACCGAUAAAAUGUCUCGACGUGAAAAAAAAAUGCAAGAACGUUGGUCAACAUCGACAAAAACUGAUAAAAAUAAUGAUGAACAAUUGCCACCAAAAAAUUUAUUAGGCGUUCAUUUUCCGCCUAUUGCUGUGCUGAGAAAAAAAUUCUCCUCGUCAACAAUAACUAAACAAGAAAAGAAUAAAAUGGAAAUCGAUCCCAAUUCAACAACAAAGGAGAUUAACACAUUGGCCAUGACAGCAACCACGAAACAAACGAAUAUUGAUCAAGUAGUCGAACCCCUCUCAAAAGAUCUAUCAUCGUUGAUAAGUAAGAAUGCCGAUAAAAACAACGAUGAUGGACAACUACCGGAAUUUAUUUGUUUAUCGGAAGAAGAAAUUGUAAUGGGAAAGAAACAAGGUUCAUUAUUAUCCUACGUUGAUUAUCAAACGGCAGCAACAAUAGAAAAUAUUCAUAAUCAUUUAGCUGACAAUCAACACACGAAUAGUAAUCAAUACAAUUCGACAAUAAUAAUCAAUCCAGUGGAAUCUACCGCAUUUUCUUCUUCCCCUUCAAUAUCAAUAUUGCCUUCUUCUUUAACAUUAACUGCGAAUGAGAGCAAGACCAACGAAUAUUUACUAAAAGAAAAAGAAGAAGAAGAAGAAGAAGAAAAGGAAGAACAACAACAUGGUGGCGACGACUAUAACGUCGAGGAAGAGAAAAAGAACAACAGUAGCUUCGUACAUGACUAUCACGCGUCGGGAAUAAUAUCAAGAAACGACGAGCUAAGACAAAUGGUCUUAUUACAGCAAGAGAACGAAGAGAAAGAAGAGAAAGAAGAAGAAGAAAAAGAGGAAAGAGAACGACCGUCAUCCCCAUUACCGACACUAGAGCAAUUCAACAAACAGCGGAUAGAAGAUGAGUCGCCGAUACAAUCGCUAUCAAACAAUUUAAAUAAAAUGGCAACAGCUAAUAUCGGUCAACAUGAAGAGCAAUAUAAAAAAGUUGAAAUCGAAGAAAUACCAGACGACGAAGAAGCCAUAUUAAAAGAAAAUAUUGAUUCAAUUGAGCCGACUGAUUUUAUUCUAACCGAUGAUGAACCAAAACAACGACGACAACCUUCACCACAAUCAACAAUAACAACAAUCCUUUCUACUGAUGAACCAAUACAAUUAGACAAUGUUUUAUCAUGUUAUAAAAAAGCGAUAUCGAAAAUUGUCGAUACACCGGAUGAUUCAUUAGAUCUCUCGAAUAAGUUAUCAUCAUCAUCAGCAGCAGCAGCAGCUACAGCUCAAUUAUCGGCCGACGAUCCUAUUGCUUUACGUGCUAUAAAACGUUUCGAAGAACGUAUGAAUGCUGCUGUACCGAAACCGAAAAAAGAAGAUACAAGUCUAGCAGCUAAAGGCAAAUCAUCAUGGUCGGGAUCACUUUCAUCAACGAGAAAAUCACUUGAAAAUCUAUUUAAAAAUGCCGAACAACAAUUACAUCCAGAUUCGAUUCAAGUUGAUACUGAAUCAACACAAGUUCCAUCAUCGGUACCAUCUGAUAGUUAUAUUCGACCGCGUAAAGUAUUUGAUGAUAGUAAUUUUAAUUACGGUACAACACUCGAUCUACUUGAUACAACACGUUCAACGAUUCAUAAGACUACCAACGAUGAUAAGACGACUAAUCAGGAUGAUCAAAAAGUCGAAGAAGAAGAAGAACAACAACAGCAGUCAUCAUCAGCUAUCGUAGCAAAUGAUGACAAACGAGUUGCUGAUAACAACGAUAUUGUUAACUUUAAAGAUCAACGAGAAAGUGGCGACGAACAACAACAACAGUCAGUCGAUGAUACAAUAAUGACAAGUGAAAGUGAUCUUGGACGUACAAACGAAAGUUUAACGUCAAUAAUUGCUCCGACGUCAACUGACAGUUCAAUAUUAAUAGCGCCAUCAACUACAGUUGUCGCGCAAACUCUGCCAACGGAAGAAAAUGUAAUCAGACCAUAUGGCUUUCAAUUGGAGACUCGUCGUCGUUUAAAUACUAUUGAACGUAUUCGUGAACGUCGUCAAAGUCGAGAACAUGUCGAUCAAGAACAGCAACAGCAACAGCAACAGCAACAGCAACAGCAGAAGCUUGAAAAUGAAUAUACGAUUAAACCAGAAGAAGUAGUAGAUCCUAUUGUUCGUCGUGCACUUGAACGUUUCGAUGAGAGAAGUCGUAAAUUGACUCAAACAAAAUCAAUGAAUUACGAUGAUAUUCAAGAUCCGAUUACACGACGUGCAUUAAUGCGUCUUGAAUCAAAUUUAAAACGAACAAUACCACCGACCACAAAUGAUCCCAAUGAAAAUUGCUACACAGAAAAUUAUACGCUUGGCUCGUUACAACCUGCUCCUACCGAUCGUCUAUCACGUUAUGCAAGUUCAUCACAAUCGCCAAUAUCAAAUAAUCGAACGAAAUAUAUUUCUGUACAUCAACGUUAUUGUACACCAUCAUCAAAUGAAAUGUCCGAUUUAUCUGCAACAAAUAAUCUUAUAUCAUCGAACGAAUUCGAUAUACCUACAAUGCGUGUGCCAGCACAGCCGGUUUAUGUUACAUCAAACAAUCAGCAACAGCCAACGGGCUUCCGUCAACGAUCACGUUCAGAAGAUAUGCUUUCAUCACGAGAUUUACAAAUCUGUCAAACAACAAAUCUCGAUGAUAUUGACACAUCUUCACAAUUGCAACGUAAUCAUUCAUCGAAAGAAAUCGCACUGAAUGAAAAUAAAUUACGUUUGCCAAAUACAUUAAUUAAAGCUCUCGAACCGAAUUUCACUCGUACAAACGAAUCGUCGGUUAGUUAUGCUACACCAACACAAACCUAUGCCGCCUACAGCUGUGAAUAUACACGUCCACGUCGAAAUCCUCUUGUAACGGUGCCAUCCGAACCUGCGAAAGCAUUAAAAAAUGAACCCAAUCAAAUAGCAUCCCUUCAACAGGAACAAUGUGAAAUUCAACGCCCCGUAGCAUAUCGACCGUCGAUUGAAACUCAAUCUUCAUCGGCAUUUGCACCUGUUCAUUCUUCUAUACCAUCAACAACAAAUAGCUACUAUGGUCAACAACCAUUACCUACUCCGUCGUACAAUUCAACAUACACACCGAGUAAUCUUAACCAAACAACCUAUUCGGAUGAUCCAAUUGUUCGUCGAGCACUUGAGCGAUUUAAUUCACAAAUUCAAAAUAGUCUCAAGUCAACAGCCCAAUAUCAACCAACAAAUAGUUAUCUGACACGUUCAGGAACAUUUCAGGAUAACUAUUUUAACUCUAAUCAACCGGCAUUAAUGACAACCAGUACGAGUAGCAAUGGCAGUGCAGGAGGAGGUUACCAAUCAAUUAUUGGACGUCGUCGACUUACACGUUAUGAUGAACCGAAUCAGCUGUUGGAUAAUCCAAGUGUUGGUGAUGCUUAUUCAUCGCCAAUAUUUGCUAAUCCACAAAACACAUAUUUAACAAACAAUCACUAUAUGAAUAUGGGUGAUCAACCUCCAGUCGUUCCACCACGUUUACGUCGACCCGCAUAUCAAAAUGAAGAUAUAAAUGAUAACUAUCGACGUCAUUCAAUCGAUGAGUAUUUGGCAGAAAAUGUUAAUAAUAAUAAUAAUAAUAAUAAUAAUAGUAGUCAAACGCUUCCUCGCGAUCCAUUUAUUCAUUAUGCAUAUCCAGCAACAAUAACAAACGCAACUAGUUUCCGACCAAUCAAUACAGAUUAUAAUCAACAAUGCGAUCCAUCUAACCAACUAUUGCAAGAACAAAAUGAUCUACGUCAUCGAACACAAUCAACAUCGAGUACGAAUUCAUCUGAAAGCUUCAAACAACAGCAACAACAGAGAGUAGCAAGGCCAAACAAUAUUCGCACACAAAUAAAUAAUCAAUCAAGAUUACCUCCAUCAUCUGCAUCUACUCGAACAAACAUACAACAAAAUGACCGUCGAACAAAUGAAAGAAUACCAUCAAAUAAAUUUUCACCGGUUAAUCCCCAAUCACCCCAAGGUCUAACUUCUCCUAGCAAUGGAAAUGUACCAAACGAUUCUGUCUUUCAUCGUCUUGCCUAUACUGGUACAAAAGCAUCGUUAUCGAAAACCAGUUCGAAUUCUUGUUCGAAUUUAAUAAACAAAAACCUACCACAAACUCCAACAACUCAAUUGAAAACAUGUGAAAUUGAUUUCGAUGAUUCAAUGAGUUCAUCAACAGCGACUGAUAAUAAUGAGAAUAAUCAUGAGCAAAUUUCUGGAUUAGAAAAUAAAUAUCCACGUUCAAAAUCUGUCGAUGGUCGAGCUCGAUUGAAAAUAAUUCAAGCUCGCGCUAAUAAUCUUCAUCAUACAAGUAUCGACAACGAUGAGAAUAGUAAUUCCAUGCACGAUGAAUCAGGAAAACAAAUACCAUCAUCAAGAUUUUCUCAAGUCAAUGGUCGUCGUGACGUACCUUCAGCAUCACGUGUACCAGUAACACCGCCGACUAUUCACCGAACAACGUCAGGAAAACGUCCACCUUCAAGAAAUAAUUUACCCUAUCAAAAAGCUACAAAUGGAUUUCGAACUCAAGGUUCAAAUGGAAAUUUAAUGGACUCAUACAAUCAACAACAAGAUAUUGAAAACGAUGCAAAUAUGUCAUAUAGUACCGAUAAUUAUCAAAUAAAACCUGUUACUGAUAAUCGAAUGCGUACAACAAUACCUGUUCAACAUUAUGGAACGAACAAUAUUCAAACAUCAUCAUCUACUUCAGCUGUUAAUAAUCACACUUCUCGAUCAAAACCGCCAGUAUCAAUUCCCAUUAGUUUCGAUAGAAGAGAUUCGAACUCAUCAAGCACAGACCUGAACAGAUCGGCGAGACGUUUGGAUGAUAGCCGCUUUGUUUCUCCAACUGGUCAACGCCGCAAUAUUCCCGUUUCUGUUUUUGCACCGGCUAAAAUUGACAAUAAACGUCCGGCACCUGCACCACCAACACCCAGCAGUGAAUCUCAUAAUCAAAUACCUUAUUCACCUCGUUCGUUAGCAACCGAUAAUGGUUCUUCGACGAAACUCAACGAAAAUUUCAUGAAUAAGAAAUCGCCAUCAAGCGAUUCAGGUGCCAGAACUCCAACAGGCAUGACUACGAAUGAAUUUUCUCUUGUAACUGAUAAACUCGACACCAGCAAAAAGAUGAACGUAUUUGAACGACUCUUUCGUGGCAACAAGAAGAAAAAUUAA